GUUCUGCCGACAGUAGGCGUGCAGUCUGCCAGUCAUGGCGGAGACCAGAGAAGCGGCGCUGCGGUGUACACGGCAGAACCACGCCGCCGAGCGGCUGAAGGAGGACUUCACGCCUACGGAGACCUCGGUGGAGCAGAAAAAGGUUGAGAGUUCAGUGGGCGCCAUAUUCACUGCUGUCAACAGCCGCCAAGGAGCCAUUCAACUUGUUCUAGAGAGAGAACUCCAUUCACACUACCUGCGGAAAGGCUUACAGCAGCUAUCCGAAUCGUAUGAGUGCCUAGAUGCCAGCCGACCCUGGCUAUGUUAUUGGAUUGUCCACAGUCUAACCUUGCUAGAUGAACCCAUCCCUGAAUCUGUGGCAUCAAGCGUUUGUCAGUUUCUAGCACGAUGCCAAGGUCCUGGUGGUGGUUUUGGUGGUGGCCCCUGUCAGCAGCCACAUCUUGCUCCCACCUAUGCAGCAGUCAAUGCUCUGUGCACCAUUGGAACAGAAGAAGCCUACAAUGUCAUUAAUAGGGAAAAACUUUUGGAAUUUUUAUACGCCUUAAAACAACCAGAUGGCUCGUUCAACAUGCACGUGGGUGGAGAAGUGGAUGUCAGAAGUGCUUACUGCGCGGCCUCUGUGGCUUCCCUCACCAAUAUCGUCACUCCCAAGCUGUUUGAUGGCACCGCUGAAUGGAUUGCCAGAUGCCAGUUUUGGGAAGGUGGCAUUGGAGGUGUGCCAGGCAUGGAAGCACAUGGUGGAUAUACAUUUUGUGGUUUGGCAGCUCUCCUCAUUUUGAAGAGGGUUCACCUGUUGGAUAUGAAGAGCUUGCUGCGAUGGGUUGCGUUCAAACAGAUGAGAUUUGAAGGUGGAUUUCAAGGCCGCUGCAACAAGCUGGUGGAUGGCUGCUACUCCUUCUGGCAAGCUGGCCUAAUGCCACUUAUCCAUAGGACAUUACAUGCUGAAGGAGAUCCUGCUCUCAGCCUCACAAAUUGGAUGUUUGACCAGAAAGCUCUGCAAGAAUACAUCCUAUUGUGCUGUCAGUGUCCAAGUGGCGGCUUACUAGAUAAACCUGGCAAAUCAAGAGACUUUUAUCAUACUUGCUAUUGUCUGAGUGGACUGUCUAUAGCGCAGCAUUUUGGUAGCGGAGAAAUGCUCCAUGAAACUAUUGUAGGAAUACCAGAGAACUUAUUGAAACCAACGCAUCCGGUGUAUAACAUUGUACCUGAUAAGGUGGCCUGUGCGGUCAUGCACUUCAUGCAAAAAGAGAUUCCAGAUGAGAAAGAUUUCAAGUCAAACUAGACUGACUAAUGCAUAUCACCUUGCCCUUACUGUGUGAUGCUGUAUGACACCCCCUGGAGGAAGCCAUCUUGUAUCCUAUAAGGGCUGUGAAGCAUCUAAUGGCAUACCCAAGGCAUUUUCCUUACGUUGCUUGCAGAGAAACCGUGAUUGGAUGGAGGAGUGAGCCACUCAAUGGCAGAUCCAUGGUAAUCUUACAAGAGACUUUUUUUUUUUUUUUUAUUAACCUGUAUUAAACUUUAGCAAUUCAGAAUUUUAUAGUUUGUGGUCUAUAAUUACUUCUGCAGUGACUGAAGAUUGCAGAACUUCACAACUGAGAUCGUCUCAACAGUGUUGUUACCAUACUAAGCAAGCAAAUGUUCUAGAUGUAAUGCAAGUAUGCCAAUAUCCUGUCCACAUUCAUUACGGGGGAGUAAUAUUUCCUGUCUAGUAGGAUCCUUACUCUGGCCAUAUACUUGAGAACAACUCCCAUGUGCAUUAAGGGCCGUUUCACAGGAGCGUGAGCAUCCUUUCUGGACUUGCAGGAGCGCAUUGGCAUUUUAUACGGAUUAAAAAUGCGGUGUGCCUCUGCAUGACCUCACUUCUACAGAAUCAUAGUGACCUAAAGCUGUCAGUAUAAUUUUGUAGGAAUAAGGUAAUGCAGAGGCACACGGCACUAUAAAUCAGUACAAUGCUUUGUGCUCCUGCAAGAUGAGCAGUGUCCGGAACGGAGGAUCACGCUCACACACGGAGCCUGAUUUCCAGACUGCACAGACUUAUGUGAAGGAGCCCUAAGAGAAAUUGGCGUUGUUGCUCACCCUCCAUGGCUUGGUCUACUAGUGCCUAUGAACCUCUGGUAGCAAAAUACUAUCUAUGGCCAGCACUGAAAAGCACUGUGAUAAUGUUAUAAGGUGCACUAUUUUAUUUUUUUGAUUGCUCCAGUUCCUUUUAAAGACUUGCUUGUUUGAACUGCUCUAUACAACAUGGAAACUCUGGAUCAGCUGCACAAUUGUAUGUCAUAUACUGCAGAACUGAUGGCAUUUAUCAGAGCACAGCUCUGCAUCUAUGAAAACUUUAUCUCCAUUACUAAAUUGAACUUGGGAAAGAUGCAAAUUUAGGAGUAGCCAGGUAAGAUCAUGAUGAUUAUCAGCACUUAGCCGCAGCAAGUCACGGAGAAUUAACUUUACAUAAUAUACUCGCUGCGUGUGUCAUUGUGAGUUCCUGUUCUGAACUAUACUCCUGCCAGGAUCGUGCAGCAUUAGAAGGGUGUACCUGCGAGACCUGGAAGUAAAGUAGAUUCCAGGUCUCUCAGCCUUAUAACUAAAUAGAAUGCUGUGCUAUCCUGUCAGAGGAGCAGAGGUCAGACAGGAACUCGCACUGCCACACGCAGCAAAGUUUCUCGCAUUGAACUUGCUUGUCUGUGUCUGGCAGCGCUGAAAUCCCACCGUGAGGAAGCAGUCCUGAUAUUCAUGAGCCUUGUGGAUUUACACAAUUCUCCCUCUUUUAUAUGCAUGCAGAGAAAGGUGGACGUCCCUGCAGCUCAUGAAUAUCAGGACUGCUUCUUCAUAGUAAGAUUUCAGUGCUAGUUCAUACAUCUGUGAUUUCCAUGUGUGGAUCUUUCUAUUAUACUGUAUCUGUGUAGGCUCACAAUCGCUGAUGGAAAUCACUGAACAAACACUGAUUGUCUGAAUAAGACCUUUUUAAAGGUAAAUUUCCUUUAAAAAAGGGGAAAAUAAAAACUUAUUUAUGUAAGGACACACGUGGCCAUUGCCUGACACUACUUGAGGGCAGUUUAAAGAUGGUUACAAAUAGGGAUCGACUGAUAUUGAUUUUUUUAGGGCCGAUACCGAUAAUUUGUGAACUUUCAGGCCGAUAGCCGAUAAUUUAUACCGAUAUUCUGGGAAUUUUCAUUUUUGAA